AUGUAUUUGGUGUGAACUAACACGCUGCCAAUGGAGUCUGGAGAAAGAACCGUACAGGUAGCGUGGGAAGUGUGACGUAAGCAGAGAGCUAUGCGUUGAUUGGUCGCACGAAGUGUCACUCAAGACAUAGUCUCACCCGGGUUUGCUCGCCCCGCUAGCAUGCGACUGCGCUGACUAAACUCUGUUUGGACAAGUUUGUCGUGUCUCUAGUGUAGAAAUGGCAGCAGGCAGAAUGAUGGUGCUGUCAAAUUAGACAGAAGUUGGAUUGCAUUUUUUUUCUCCCGAAAUCUGAAGAGUCUUUAAUCAAAUGUGCAUACUGUGCGUACAGUCGGGUCUUACUUGUAAGAAGUUUCGAGUUUAUAUGGAAUAACUGGAAUUUUACCUUUGGAUCUGAAUAUUAUAUUAUAUAUAGAUAGAGACGCGAAUCUGCGGGUGAAAAAUGAAUCAUUUGUCGUUUGACGAUCCGUCACUGGAUAGCUUGGAUCCAAGUUUAUCCCUCAGUGAUCCAAGUGAUAUUGACACAGCUUUGCUCAACGACAUUGACGACAUGCUGCAGCUCAUCCACACCCAAGAGAUGGAGUUCAACUUGUUUGAUCACACCUCCUUUCCACCACCUCCACCACCAGCUCCAACGCAUGAUCUUUCAGCGCUGGCUCCUUCCAGCUUGGCUCCCACUCCUCGCAGUUCCUCCAUCACCUCCUCCACCUCAUCCAUCCUGACCAACAGCCCACAUCUGGAUGCCCUGCUGGGUCCCCCAGUCAGCCGCAACUCUUCCACCCCAGACAAGUCUUUCCAAGCCCCAAACUUUCAGCAAACUCCCUCGACCCAGGUGACCUCUACACCUGUGACCCCAAGCCAAGUAAAGCAGCCCAAUACUCAAACAGCUCAACCUGUGCUUCAUCUGCCAAGCCAGGCUCCUCAAAGCCCUACGUUCUCCGCAAGCCCCCAGCAACCUGGGCCCAACUACGCAAGCCAGAAUGGAUACACUGUAAUCACUAAGCAGGGCUCUACCCAGCCCAUGCCCAGUGUUGCCAGCUCUCCACCAAGUGUUCAGCCAGUAGCCAUCCAGGCUCAGGUCCAGAGUCUUUCCACAUCUUCCAUCCUCACAACCUCCUCCAGUCCUCCAACACAGACUCAUGUUCAGCAAGUCCCUGUCUUGUUGCAGCCUCAGUUCAUCAAGGCAGAAUCUCUCCUCCUCACCACCCUGAAGCCGGACAUGUCCAUGGUGACUACAGUAGCCUCUCCGUGCAUCACCUCUCUGGCUACUUCCACGGCUUCAAUGCAGGGCACCUCACUGCAGGCUCUGAUGAGCGGCGGGACUAUCCUGACCACGGUGCCAGUUAUGGUAGACACAGAGAAGCUGCCCAUUAACCGUAUAGCCAUCAGUGGCAAGCCAGGUAUGCAGGUCCAAAAGGGCGAGAAGCGCACAGCACACAACGCAAUCGAAAAGCGAUACCGCUCCUCCAUCAACGACAAGAUCCUCGAACUCAAAGACCUGGUGGCCGGCACAGAGGCUAAGCUGAAUAAAUCUGCCGUGUUGAGGAAAGCCAUUGACUAUAUCCGCCACCUGCAGCAGUCCAACCAGAAACUAAAGCAGGAGAACAUGGCUCUCAAAAUGGCCAACCAAAAGAACAAAUCUCUAAAAGACCUGGUUGCCAUGGAGGUGGACGUGAAGACCGAACUUCCUACUCCUCCAGCCUCGGACGCCGGCUCACCCGAACCCAGUGGCUCCUUUUCCCACUGCAGCAGCGACUCGGAGCCUGACAGUCCCAUGGUAGAGGAAAGCAAGCCCAUGUCCAGUGCAGAGAAGACUGCUGGAGGGAUGCUGGACCGCUCACGGAUGGCUCUGUGUGCCUUCACCCUCCUUUUCCUUUCUUUCAACCCGCUGGCAUCUCUGGUGUGUGGGAGCCAAAGUAGAGCUGAAGAGCCUGUUCUUCCAGGCCACUCAGGAACUGGCAGGACCAUGCUUGGAUUUGAUAAUGCAGCUGAUUCGUGGGGCUGGAUGGACUGGAUGCUGCCCACUCUUUUGGUGUGGCUUCUUAAUGGUGUUCUGGUAGCUGGAGUUUUGGUCAAGCUGUUGGUGUAUGGAGAGCCCAUCACUAGACCACACUCUGAAUCCUCUGUCCUUUUUUGGAGACACCGCAAACAGGCUGACCUUGACCUGGCCAGAGGAGAUUUUGCCCAGGCCUCUCAGAACCUCUGGACAUGUCUGAAGGCCCUUGGUCGUCCUCUGCCCACCUCUCAGCUGGACUUGGCGUGUGCUGUGCUCUGGUCUACCCUGCGUCUGUGGCUGCAGAGACUUUGGGUGGGUCGCUGGCUGGCCUGCAGGGCUGGAGCUCUGCGUGCAGAUCGCCCCCUACAGGAGGAUGCACGCAAGAGCAGCCGUGAUGCUGCUCUCGUUUAUCACCGCCUGCAUCAGCUGCACAUGACCGGAAAGCUGGGUGGCAGCCACUUGUUCGCAGUGCACAUGGCACUGAGUGCGGUGAAUCUAGCCGAGUGUGCUGGAGACUGUCUGUCUGUUGCCACGUUGGCCGAGAUCUAUGUCUCUGCUGCCCUGAGAGUCAAAACCAGUUUGCCCCGUCUGCUGCACAUUACCUCUCGUGGCUUUCUAAGUCGAGCUCGACAGGCCUGUCUGUCCCCCAGUGGCAGUGUUCCUCCUACCAUGCAGUGGCUAUGCCACCCUCUGGGUCAUCGCUUCUUUGUGGAUGGCGAUUGGUCUGUACGCAGCACCCCUAAAGAGAGCAUCUAUAGCCAGGCUGGAAACACAGUGGAUCCUCUGGCUCAGGUGACUCAAGCUUUUAGGGAGCACCUGCUGGAGAAGGCUCUGUACUGCGUCGCUCAGCCUCGUGGAGACAAAAGCCCCAACGAGGGACAAGGUGAGUACUCCGAUGCUCUGGAGUACCUGCAGCUGCUAAACAGCGCCUCCGAUGCCGCAGGUGCUACCACACAGGCCUUUGCUAUUGGCUCCAACAUGGCCGCCAUCGCCGGCUGUGACCCUCACUCAAAAUGGUGGUCAUCAGUUGCCGUGGUGAUUAUUAACUGGCUGCAGGGAGAUGAUGUAGCGGCAGAGAGGCUGUAUCCAGCUGUGGAACAUCUUCCACGCAGUCUUCAGUCAGACGAAAGUCCACUACCAAAAGCCUGUUUGAACAUGUUUAAAGCAGUGCGUGCCCUGCUGGCCAAACCAGAGAACAGACAGCUAAGCUUGAGCUACUGUGAGAAAGCAAGCAGCCUGUUCAGAGACAGCCUCAAACUGGGGCCACACUGCAGCAGCAGCACCUUAGACAAGUUGGUGCAGUUGUUACUGUGCGACCUGCUGCUGGUGACACGCACCAGUCUGUGGCGAGAGCAGCAAAUAUGUUCUCCCGCUUCCCCACAGCAGAGCCCGGCUUCAGCCGCUUCUCCUGCCGAGCUACAGGGCUUCCAGCAGGACCUGAGCUCUUUGCGCAAACUUGCCCACAGCUUCCGACCAGCCAUGCGCAGGUUGUUUCUGCAUGAAGCUACUGCCAGGCUAAUGGCAGGAGCAAGUCCAACGCGCACACACCAGCUCCUGGACCGCAGUCUGCGCCGCCGUGCCACACCUGGAGGCAAAAUCGAGGAGUGUGAGACACGGCCAGGCCAGCGUGAGCAGGCGGAGGCGGCCAUGUUGGCAUGUUGGUAUUUGCCUCCAUCGUUCCUGUCGGCCCCGGGCCAGAGAGUGGGGAUGUUGGCAGAUGCAGCACGUACUCUCGAGAAGCUCGGGGACAAACGCACGCUCCACGACUGCCAGCAGAUGAUCAUCAAAUUGGGCAGUGGGACCACAGUCGCCUCCACUUAGAGACAAAAGACUUUCAAACCCCCUACCCCUACCCCUUCUUAUUUUUUAUUUUUUAUUUUUUUUCCCCUCAUCCUCCUGCACUAACACCAUAUCAGUCUCACAUUUUCUGUGCCACAUUUUCUGGCUACAGGCUUCGGCCAUCAUUGGUUAAUCAGCUUAUUUUAAUAAGGCCUUUUUUUUGUUCGUUGUAACUUCUUUUAAUUUUCCCCCCUUUACGGUUAUUAUUUAAAUAAUUUAAUAAUUUAAUUUGUUUGUCCUGACAAAAUGCUGAUACUCUUUAUGUUUAUGGAUAUUCUUUACUUAAAGGUGCGGUCAGUAAUUUUAAAUGCACAAAAAAUUUGUGAGAAUUGGCAAAGUUCUCUUUAGGUUUAAGGCAGCUGUUAGUGAAACAUCAACUCGGAGGAGAAAGCUCACUCUAAGUAGGAGGGGAAAAAAAGAACAGUAGUAAAGUUUCUGCUUGCCUGUCAAUCCUGAAAGCUGCUUUCUAGCUAUAAGCAUAUUUUAGGGGUGAUGGUUUUUGGAGUUGAAAUAUACUUCAGCUAGUUUCUCUUAAAACUACUUACAAUACCUUUUAAAGUAAUACUUCACAGGUAGACACUGCUAGGGCCACUGAGGCGCUCUUGUAAUGAGGUGCUUUGUAAGCACCAGCUUUGUCCACUAGAUGGCAUUUUUAUUGAGCACCAUUAGACGCUUGUGAGUGGCUUUACAGGGUGAUUGGACAUGACAUUCAUAUUUAACGUGUAAUACCGGCUUUCCACACACAGAAGAAUCCUUGUCUCCAGUUGUAACAGUUUAGUAUUGUAUGUACACGUGUGCAUGUUUCUGUCUAAAGCAGCGUCUCAGACCCAUGUUAAGUCUACUGGUUUGGUCCAACAUGUCCAGGUGACUCAGCUGCAUGGAAAUCAAGGAUUAAUCUGUGUGCAUGGAGCUUGGUGUUAGAGGAGAUGAAGAGUGUAAUGACAUUUUCCUUUUCAUUACAUUUGUACAGAUAUUUCUAAUAUGCACUACCCUUACCGGGGCUGACUUCGACAUGAUUUAAGAGCAUAAACAGCUUUACAAGGUUUCUUCUCUUGUAGCGUUUUCCUUGUAUAUAUUUUUAAAGAUGUGUAUUUAUAAUUUUGUGUAAAGAUGUGGGUGGACAGUAUUUUUAAGGAACAGAGAAAAGGGGACAACUUGGAUGUUUCAACUUGGAUGGUACACAGUGCUCAAGCAAACAAACAACAAAUUAUGGGUUCAAAUAAUGGUCUUCCACAGAUAAGUGGAAAGUCAUCUACAGGGUGCUAAUUCUCAAAGAGACUUGUCUGUUUGCACUAUGGAGAGAGGUGAUGGUUACUUUUUGAAGCUCCUGAACGAACAUGGUGAUCACAAGAAAUAUCUGAACCAGUUCGUUUUUGUCAAGGUUCACCUUCAUUCUUACCCUAAUCCAAAACCAGGAUUUUUUUUAGAUGAGGCAGUUCUUUGAGAGAGCCCCAUCUGCUUUCCACUUUUAGCCACUGUAAUGCUUUAAGUGUUCUUUGUUAGAUUUACAGUCAAGUUCCUGAGGUUUUACUGUAAAUGGCAGACUCAUGACCUGUAUGCUAUUCAGUGUGUAGUGUUCAUAGUCAAAAUCUUUACAAGAAAUGUUUAAACAGACUGUCCAAUUUGUCAGCCCUUUGAUUUAUUCAUGAGAAUGUAAAUAAAAGUUGUUUUGUAACGUA